AUGCUAGGUUCGCACUUAGCUUCAAAGCUAUUUUUCAUUCUAGUGCUUGCUAGCCAUACUUUAGCUUUCACAGAUUACUUGUUGAAGUCAUGUUCGCAGUCAGGGUUUUGCUCCAGAAAUAGGCAUUAUGCGAGGGAAAUGGAAAUGGCGGAGAAGAGCGCUUAUUCAAUUGAUACACAGAGCAUCCAGAUGAAUACCUUGAAUCACACUUUUCAGGCCAACAUUUUGAAAAAGGUUUCCUGCGGUCCACAAUUAGGCGACAAAACGAUAAUACUGCCUCUAUUUAUCGACAUGCUCGAGGGCGGCAAGCUACGUUUCAAGAUAGACGAAGUUAGGGACGUGGCACCUGAUGAUGAAUUGAGGGUUUUGAAUCCAAACCGAUAUGAUGGAGCAUCUAGUUGGGCUUUUGACAAGCAUGCAAAUGUGUCUCACACCCAUGUUGAUGUGGCACGAUCAAUCUGGCCGUUUGGACGGUACUCACUUUUCAUUAACAGCAAGGACUCAGCCGUUGCCGCUAAGAUCUACCUGAAAAAAUUCCGGCUCGAGCUGUUCUAUCAUGGAAAGCUCGUCUUGGUAGUGAACGAUCGAAUGCUUCUGAAUAUUGAACAUCGUAGAACGCUGGAAGAAAAUGCCCUCCACAAAUUACCUGAGGAACUAGCGUUCAAUGAUUUUGAGGAUACUUUUACUUAUUCAAAGGAUGACAGUCUGCCCUUCGGUCCAGAAUCUGUAGCCCUUGAUUUUACCCUCGUUGGCAUCCAUGAUGUUUAUGGGAUUCCCGAGCACGCCGACAGCUUGCGGCUGAAAGAUACACGCGGAAGUGAUCCAUACCGUCUGUUCAACGUUGAUGUCUUUGAGUACAACCUACAGGCAAAAACACCAAUGUAUGGAGCAAUUCCUCUCAUGAUUGGCACUAACGCAGAAUACUCUGCAGGUGUUUUUUGGGUAAACGCAGCUGAUACGAUGGUUGACAUUGAAUACCAUGAUCAGGAUACUAAAACUCACUGGAUUUCGGAAGCUGGCAUUAUCGAUGUGAUGAUUUUCUUAGCCGAUACACCCUUACAGAUUACGUCGUCCUAUACUGAGGUAACUGGCCGGCCCCAGUUGCCAAUGAUUUCUUCCAUCGGAUAUCAUCAAUGUAGGUGGAACUACAAUGACGAAAAAGAUGUUUUAACAGUUGAUUCUCAGAUGGAUAAGGCAGGUAUUCCAUACGAUGUCAUCUGGCUAGACUUAGAAUACACAAACGAUAAGAAGUUUUUUACGUGGAAGCCCGAUGCAUUUCCAGAUCCCCACAAGAUGCUCAAAAAGCUAUGGAAGUAUGGUCGAAACCUUGUAACGUUGAUCGAUCCCCAUCUAAAGGUAAAGUACGCUGUCAGUGAAAUGAUCGAGAGUAACAAUGCGUCAGUGAAGAAUAGUUUGGGCGACAGUUACCAUGGACACUGUUGGCCUGGCGAAUCAAUCUGGAUAGACACACUUGGUGCUUCGGCGCGGGAAAUUUGGGGCAAUUUUGUACAUAACUUUCUGCGGAAGUAUGACAACCUACACAUUUGGAACGAUAUGAACGAGCCUUCUAUUUUCAGUGGACCUGAAACCACGGCACCCAAAGACCUUGUUCAUGCAGGUGGUUUUGAAGAGAGAUCUGUUCAUAACUUGUAUGGAUUAACCGUCCACGAAGCAACGUAUGAUGCCAUGAAGUCCUCGUACAGCGCAAAAGAUAGGAGACCUUUCGUACUAACGAGGUCUUUUUACGCAGGCUCACAACGCACUGCUGCUGUUUGGACCGGCGACAACGUGGCCAAUUGGGACUAUUUAAAAGAAUCGAUUCCCAUGUGCCUCAGUAACAAUAUUGCUGGAUUCCCCUUCAUAGGUGCAGAUGUAGCUGGAUUUUCUGGAAAUCCUUCUGCUGAAUUGUUGAUCCGUUGGUAUCAGGCUGGAAUAUGGUAUCCAUUUUUUCGUGGUCACGCUCAUAUUGAUGCCACGAGAAGAGAACCUUACUUGUUACAAGAGCCAGCUAAAUCUCUGGUAAGAAGUGCGAUACGGCUAAGGUACUCUUUACUACCGACUUUUUACACUGCGUUCCAUGACUCAAGCGUCAACGGAACUCCUAUCAUGAAUCCAAUGUUUUACAUGCACCCUCAGGUGGGUCAAGCUUACGGCAUAGAUGACCAAUUUUACUUGGGGCAAACUGGGCUUCUUGUAAAACCUAUCACUGAACAAGGUGUUUCAGAAAUCGAUAUGUUUUUCCCCAAGGGUCUAUUUUAUGAAUUCAGCGAAGCACUAACAUCUUUUUCUGUUGAUGAGCCAAAGAUACUCACUAUCGAUGCUCCACUCGAGAAACAACCUAUCUUUAUCGAGGGAGGACACAUAAUUGUCAAGAGGGAUAGAUACAGGAGAUCUGCGAAGUUGAUGGAAAACGACCCCUUUACUCUGGUUAUAGCUCCCGACACCGUAGGUCGCGCAUCUGGUCGGCUCUAUCUUGACGAUGGGGAGACUUUUUCGUACCAGAAAGGCGCCUUCCUUGAGGUACAUCUAGAGUUUGAAGACUGCAUGUUGAAAUCGCUAGUAAAGCAUCAACCUAUUGGUACACAUAAUUUCGCAGGCAAAGUCGACAAAAUAGUGAUCGCAAAUCCCAACCUUCGUCGCCCCCGGCAUUUUGCGAUAAUAAGGCAAGGAACAGAAGAGUGGAAACAGGAGCUGAAACACACAGAAAACAUGGGUGUGAUAACGAUCGAAAAUCCCCUUUUGGAUUUCAAUAAAGAAUGGUCAUUAGAUCUAUCCGUGUGA